AAGCAUGAUAAUAAUAAUAAUAAUUUUGUAGAUUUUGCAGUAUCAGAUUGUGUUCUCUUGCGUCCACUCCCACCCCACUUAGCUUUAUUCUCUCUAUUCCCCUUCUUAUUCUCAUCAUCAUCUUCAUCUUCAUCUUCAUCUCUCUCUCCUUGUCACUAGUCACUACUGCAGGGUUCUUAUCUGAUGCUCUGGAACUUACCAACUCCAUACUUAACUUAAUUAAUUAAUUUAUUUUCAUCUUCUAUUUUUUCGUGGCUUCGCUUAUUACAAGGCAUUUAAGCUGUUAGCUACUAGCAUUGUGUUUUCGUCGGAGACAUCCAAGAUAUUUCUUACUAGUUCAGGAUACACAAGUGCUUUCCCAAGGAUAAUGUUGGGGCGCAAAAAUGUCUUGGAUGAGGCUCAAUUUCAGUAUCAAACUAAUGAAGCAAAUCAACUGCAGUUGUUUGGGAAUAUACAAGCUGGAUGCAAUAUUGACCCUGUUAGUUACGUUGGAAAUGAGUAUCUCAGCUCCAUGUUUCGAUCUAAUAAACGAAGCAGAGCAGCAGAAGAUAUAUCAAAGCAGCAAAAGCUUCAGAUUUCCUUAAAUUACAAUGUCUGUCAGGACAAAGCUGAUCGAUUGGCAAAUAGUCCAAAUCCAAAUCAAGUGUCAACAGGAUUGAGGCUUUCUUAUGACGAUGAUGAGCGCAAUUCUUCUGUUACUUCUGCUAGUGGUAGCAUGACUGCCGCAUCUUCAAUCAUAUUAUCCCUUGGUGACAAUUUCAGAACCGAGCUUGAUAGGCAGCAAGAAGAGCUGGACCAGUAUAUUCAGCUACAGAAGGACCAAUUGUCAAAAGCAGUGAGAGAUAUGAAACAAAAACACAUGACCACCGUCUUUAAUGCCAUUGAGAAAGGUGUUAGCAAGAAGCUAAGGGAAAAAGAUGCAGAGAUAGAGAACAUUAACCAGAAAAACAGGGAACUAGCAGAGAGAAUAAAACAAGUAUCCAUCGAAGCACAGAGCUGGCACUACAAAGCAAAGUAUAAUGAACAAGUUGUCAAUGUAUUAAGGAACAAUCUCCAGCAAGCAAUUACGCAAGGAGAGGAACAAGGAAAGGAAGGGUUUGGAGACAGUAGCGAAGUUGACGAUGCCACCUCAUAUAUCGAUUUGAAUAGCUUGAUCAGCAAUCCAGGUGCACGAAUGAAAUCUACUUUGAAGAAGCACCAAGGCAUAGAGAAUCUGAUGUGCAGAGCGUGCAGGGCGAAGGAGGUUUCCAUGUUGUUGAUGCCUUGCAGACACUUAUGCUUGUGUGACAACUGUGAUAGAUAUAUCAAUGUUUGUCCUGUAUGCCAAUUGAUGAAAACUCAAAGUGUCCAGGUGUAUCUGUCUUAACUUGCAAAGGGUAAGUAUUUAAAAGGGAAAAAAAUUGGAAUAUGCAUGGCUGUUCUUGUGUGACUUGUUUACCUAAGAUGAAUUAUAAGUGAAGUUAUUGCAAAAUUUACAUCCAUAGAAUAUCAAUAUUCUCUUUUGAGAUUUCCUUGUGUUAACAGCUUUCCUCCUUUUCCUGUAAACUUUUCUAUGGAGCAUCUUUCCCCAGUGUGUUAAUAAUUGAUGCAUCAUGAACACAUGAAGAUUGGGCUGUAAAUAUUCUUUAAGCCCUGUUGUUGGUUGUAUAAGAAGGAACAUUUGCUGCUCUAUGUUAAUAACUAUCGAAUUUUGCAUCAUAUUUGGCAAAAUGGUUUUGAUGAACUAGCUCUUGCCUACACUUUCCUUAUUGGAAGGAUCCAUUUCUCAUGUUAUUUUUGUUAUCUAUUUUUCUUUUUUAUUUUUUGGUCUCAUGUUUUAUUUAAUACCGGUAGGUCUUAUCCCAUGUACCAAACAAGACCUUAAUGUUAUCACAAUUUUCUUUUAUUACUAUUCUGUUAACAUAUACUUUUUUUUUUGGUGACUACACUAUUCUGUUUAACAUACAGUAAAACUCUCUUUGUUAAUGGAUGUAAGUGGAAGGUCACUAUGUCAAAGUCUGAGAGUGGUUUGUAGGCACUAGGCAUGAUUAUGCAUGGAUUCAAGAAAUUACUAGGGGUAUUCCAGAUGAAACUACACCGGCCACAAUUCAAAUAAUAAGCAUGUUGUAUCAGUAUAUUACAAGUUUUCUUCUAAGAUGCCUUGCUUGAAAAAAGAACACGCCAUCAAAACAAUUGUCAGUUUGUCACCAGUUGGUGACUGAUAAUUUGGUGAAGUUCUUGCGAACCGUUACCAAUCUUCAAUUCUUUAUACAUAGUAUAUAAUUGGAUUUGGAUGAUCCUUGCAAGAUUGAAUAGAUCUAAGUGACUCAAAUUCUGACUGUGGAAGGG